AUGGAUGUAGGCCACCCCAUAUUUCACUGCCGUAUAAAGCUCUCAGUAACCCGAAACUUGGUAGUUGAAGACUCGCAAGAACUGCGACAACCACCAGCAAAUACUCACAAGGCCUGCGACAAACAACACCAGACUCACAAGGCCUACGAAAACCACCAUCAGACUCACAAGGCGUGCGACAAACACCACCAGAUUCGCAAGGCCUGCGACAACCACCACAAGACGCACAAGGCCUGCGACAACCACCGCCAGACCCAUAAGCCUGCGACAACCAGCACCAGACCAACAAGGCCUGCGACGACCAGCACCAGGCUCACAAGGCAUGCGACACUCACCACCGGACCCACAAGGCCUGCGACAGCCACCACCAGACCCACAAGGCCUGCGACAAUCACCACCACACCCACAAGGCCUACGAAAACCACCAUCAGACUCACAAGGCGUGCGACAAACACCACCAGAUUCGCAAGGCCUGCGACAACCACCACAAGACGCACAAGGCCUGCGACAACCACCGCCAGACCCAUAAGCCUGCGACAACCAGCACCAGACCAACAAGGCCUGCGACGACCAGCACCAGGCUCACAAGGCAUGCGACACUCACCACCGGACCCACAAGGCCUGCGACAGCCACCACCAGACCCACAAGGCCUGCGACAAUCACCACCACACCCACAUGGCCUGCGACAAGCUCCACCAGACACACAAGGCCUGCGACAACCAGCACAAUACUCUCAAGUCCUGCGACAAACACCACGAGACCCACAAGGCCUGCGACAACCAGCACAAGACUCACAAGACCAAAAAGGCCUGCGACAACCAACACAAGACUCACAAGGCUUGCGACAACAACCAUCAGCCCACAAUACCUGCGACAACCAGCACAAGACACACAAGGCCUGCGACAACCACCGCCAGACCCACAAUGCCUGCGACAACCAGCACCAGACCCACAAGGCCUGCGACAACCAGCACCAGAAUCACAGCGCCUGCGACACUCACCAACAGAUCCACAAGGCCUGCGAAACUCACCACCGGACCCACAAGGCCAGCGACAACCACCACAAGACUCACAAGGCCUGCGACAACCACCACCAGAUCCAAAAGACCUGCGACAACAACCAUCAGCCCACAAAGCCUGCGACAACCAGCACAAGACUUACAAGGCCUGCGUUAACCACCUCCAGAUCCACAAGGCCUGCGAGAACCACCACAAGACUCACAAGGCCUGCGACAACUAUCAUCAGCCCACAAGGCCUGCGACAAAAAACACAAGACUCACAAGGCUUGCGACAACCACCGCAAGACCCACAAGGCCUGCGACAACCACCACCAGACACACAAGGCCUGCGAGAACAACCAUCAGCCCACAAGGCCUGCGACAACCAGCACAAGACUCAUAAGGCCUGCGUUAACCACCACAAGACUUACAAUGGCUGCGACAACCACCAUAAGACACACAAUGCUUGCAACAACCACCACCGGACUCACAAGGCCUGCGACAACCACCACCAGACCUACAAGGCCUGCGACAACCACCACCGGACUCACAAGGCCUGCGACAACCACCACCAGACCCACAAGGCCUGCGACAACCACCACCGGACUCACAAGGCCUGCGACAACCACAACCAGACCCACAAGGCCUGCGACAACCACCACCCGACUCACAAGGCCUGCGACAAACACCACCAGACUCACAAGGCCACUGACAACUACCACCACACUCACAAGGCCUGCGACAACCACCAUCUGACCCUCAGGGCCUGCGACAAACACCAACAGACUCACAAGGCCUGUGACAUCCACCGCCAGAUUCACAAGAACUGCGAUAUCCACCAGCAGACUCACAAGGCCUGCGACAAACAACACCAGACUCACAAGGCCUGCGACAAACGACACCAGACUCACAAGGCCUGCGACAAUCAACACCAGACUCACAAGUCCUGCGACAAUCAACACAAGACUCACAAGGCCUGCGACAAACAACACCAGACUCACAAGGCCUGCGACAACCACCACCAGACCCACAAGGCCUGCGACAUCCACCGCCAGACUCACAAGAACUGCGAUAUCCACCAGCAGACUCACAAGGCCUCUUUGUUAUAUUGA